UGAUCAGUGGAGUACAGCUACAACCUGUCGAGACUUGAUCAUCGGAGAAAAAAUAUGGGAAUUUCGAACCUUAAAAGUCUUCCAUUAAUAUUAAUCUCCAUUCUCAUGAUCGUCUCAGCAUGGUCCUCACCUAGUACUGCAGCUUCAACUAAUUCUUCUAGUUCUAGUCAUGACCGGAGCUUCCAGCAAUGUUUUUCUUCCGGUUUCCAGCAUUCUUAUAAUUCUACCUCGGGAUCAUUGAUCUUCAGUAAGAAUAACUCAGCUUAUGCCUCCCUCUUAAAAUCUUCCGUACGAAACCUAAGGUUCUUUAACUCUUCCGAACCGCAAUUCAUCAUUUCUCCAUUUCAUGAAUCCCACGUCCAAGCAGCCGUGAUUUGUUCCAAGAAACAUGGCAUGCAAGUAAGGGUUCGAAGUGGUGGACAUGACUACGAGGGCCUUUCCUAUGUGUCUGAUGUUGUUCCAUUCAUCAUCAUCGAUCUUUUCAAUCUUCGGUCUAUUAGCAUCGAUGUAGAAAAUGAGAGUGCAUGGGUGGAGUCCGGUGCAACCCUAGGAGAGUUGUACUACAAGAUUGCAGAGAAAAGUAACGCCUAUGGCUUCCCAGCAGGAAGUUGCCCCACGGUGGGCGUUGGGGGACACUUAAGCGGGGGUGGUUUCGGGACUCUAUUCAGAAAAUAUGGCCUUGCUGCUGAUAACGUUAUGGAUGCUAAGAUUGUCGACGCUGAUGGCAAACUUCUAGACAGAAAAUCCAUGGGAGAAGAUCUUUUUUGGGCGAUCAGAGGUGGAGGAGGAUCGAGCUUUGGAGUCAUACUCGCAUGGAAAAUCAGGUUGGUCUCUGUUCCGCCAGGGGUGACUAUUUUCAAUGUCCAAAAGACAUUGGAACAAGGCGCAACCGAGCAUCUGCACAAGUGGCAAGCCAUUGCCAGUAAGCUUCAUGAAGAUCUUUUCCUCCAUGCAGUUGUAGGCGUUGCUAAUGAACCUUCAAACGGCGGAUCAAAGACAAUUCAAAUUUCGUUCGUAUCUUUGUUUCUUGGGCCGGCUGAGAGACUCCUCCUUUUGAUGAAAGUUAGUUUUCCUGAGUUGGCUUUGGAGCGCAACAACUGCAUUGAAAUGAGUUGGAUACAGUCUGUUCUUUAUUUUGCUGGCUUCCCAAUCAGGAGUCCCUUGCAAGUUUUGCUUGAUAGAAGCCCACAGUCGAAGAGUUUCUCCAAAGCAAAAUCAGACUACGUGAAGGAAUCUAUUUCGAAAGCUGGGUUGGAAGGGUUGUGGCAAAGACUAAUGGAGGAACAGACAUCCUUGCUGAUCUUGACACCUUAUGGUGGAAAGAUGAGUGAUAUUUCUGACUCAGAAACGCCUUUCCCGCACAGAAGUGGAAAUUUAUAUAAAAUCCAAUAUUCAGUCACUUGGGAUUCCGACAAUGAAACACAGCAACACAUCGGGUGGAUGAGAAGUCUUUAUGCGCACAUGGAACCUUAUGUUUCCAAGUCUCCAAGAGCAGCCUACCUGAACUAUAGGGAUCUUGACUUGGGGCAAAACGACAACAACAAUGCAAGCUAUGCACAAGCAAGUACUUGGGGUUUGAAGUAUUUUAAGAACAACUUCAAGAGACUAGUUCGUGUAAAAACCGUCGUUGAUCCUAGUAAUUUCUUUAGGAAUGAGCAAAGCAUCCCGGUAUUUCCAUCUCCUCAAUAAGGGAACUAGCUAGUUAGAGGGUAUGCAUUAAUUCUGAAGACAGAACCAGCGUCCCCUGUAGGAUUGAAUCCUAAAUAUUCUGCGGAGAAAAACAAUAGGAGAUUUAUUUAUUCCAUGGUAACAAUAUUAUUCUGUUCUAAAAAAUAGUUUCUUUUUUACAAAGAAAUAUACUUUAUUUACAAAAUAAUUAUAUAAAAGUAAACCACAUACUGAUGUGGCUAAACGUGAUAUGUCAGAUUGUAAAGUUAUUUUUAUUAUAAAAUAGAUCUAACGGAUCCUAUGAAAUUAUGUCAAUUUGUGAAUUUAUUUUUAUAUAAUUUUUUUUAUGUAUGUAUCAGUUCUUUUAUGCAAA